CUCAAGAGAGACUGAUGAAAGCGAACCAAACAGAAUGCGUAUACAGCCAAAGUCAAAGAUUGUCCACGUUUUUUAACGUCUUUAUAAAGUUUUAGAUCUCUCUAAUGGUUUGUUAGUUCUUUCGAUUUAGAAGCAAAACUACUUUUACGAAUUUUCCCGAGAAAAUAACGGCAUUUUCCCGGGAAAAUUUUGUUCGCUAUGUCGGACGCUUUGAUCAAUGGACUGGCCGGAGCCGGUGGAGGGAUCAUCGCUCAGCUCAUCACUUAUCCGCUUCAAACUGUAAAUACUCGGCAACAAACGGAGCGUGACCUGAAGAAAGAGAAGAGGAAGCUUGGAACGGUUGAACAAAUGUGCCAGGUUGUGAAACACGAGGGGUGGGAACGGUUGUAUGGAGGUUUAGCGCCGUCUCUAGUAGGUACUGCUGCAUCUCAGGGUGUUUACUAUUAUUUCUAUCAAAUAUUCAGGAAUAGAGCUGAAGCUAAGGCACUUGAACACAAGAGGAAAGGGUUUGGUGAUGGAUCAGUUGGCAUGUUUUCAUCACUUGUGGUUGCUGCUCUAGCAGGGUGUGUAAAUGUUCUGUUGACAAACCCCAUUUGGGUGGUUGUUACCCGCAUGCAGACUCAUACAAAAGUAUCGAAGAAGUCCCAGCCCAGUCAAAUAGAAGCAGUUACUCAAGAUGAAGUGAUUCCUGCUGCACUUGAGCCUCCACCCUAUGGAACUAGCCAUGUGAUUCAAGAAAUCUAUGGCGAAGCUGGAUUUUGGGGCUUUUGGAAAGGUGUAUUCCCAACAUUGAUCAUGGUGAGCAAUCCGUCCAUACAAUUUAUGCUUUAUGAAACCAUGUUAAAGAAGCUGAAGAAAAGACGUACCUUGAGUAAGAAGGAUAACAAAGGAGUAACUGCUUUAGAGAUAUUUCUUCUUGGAGCUUUGGCAAAACUCGGAGCCACUGUUGUAACAUAUCCACUACUUGUUGUAAAGUCGAGGCUUCAAGCAAAACAGUUCAAAACUGGGGAUAAAAGGCACCAAUAUAAAGGUACAAUGGAUGCCAUUUUGAAGAUGAUCCGCUAUGAAGGGUUCAAUGGCUUUUACAAGGGUAUGAGUACAAAAAUCGUUCAAAGUGUUCUUGCAGCUGCUGUGUUGUUCAUGGUGAAGGAAGAGCUUGUCGAGGGUGCUCGGUUUUUGCUCACCUGCGACCGCAUUUCUGCCAAGUCUCCUUGAUCAAGGCCUUUAUGAUUCGCCUCUCUUGCAAUUUACCUCGUUGACGCAAGCAGAAUGUUGCUAGUCAAAAUGUUUACCAAAAUUCAGUUUCACCAUCAGUAAUUUGUAGCUUGAAAUGAAGGCAUUAAGCAUAGAAAUAAAUUCAGUUGUAUACCUUCCACGAAGGAUUAUUAAUUUAUCAAAACAAUUUGGUAUGAUAUCCAAUGUGGAUUUGUUGGAUCA